GUGUUGCCCUUUCAUGGCUGGUGACAUCAUGUUGAUCGGACUAUCCGCCCUUGUACUAACCUUGGCUGUUGUCUCUGAUGGACAUCGAAGGAGGUUUCUGUUCGGACCACAGGGUGGGACAACUCUUGAGAGUGUUUUGCCUGACGAGUGUAGUUAUCUGUCAGAGUUCGAAGAUGUUCUUUCUAUAACAAACAAGUGGAUAAAGGAUGGAGAAUAUUUAUAUUCCGAACUACUGCGGAUUCGGAUUAGAGAACUGCGCCACGUGUCUCUCGAUAAUGUUGAAAACGGAUACAGAUACCUACUCGAACAUUGGAAAGGUAACAAGUCCACAGAAUUCCAUGAGGCUAUAUUGAGCGUCGAAUACACCAACCAGUAUCACCAUAGUGUGUGUCUGAACAUGCUGGAGUACCUCAUCAACACAUUUCUGAAACAUCACCAGGGUAAUGUGUGUGCACAGUAUCUUCGGCUGCCAAGAAAUGAGCUCGGACCAGACCCUGUGCAAUGUUCCCCAGUUCAAGUAGCAAUCACCACAAAAUUACCACUGACUACCCAAGUGUUAACCACUACAACUCAAAAACCAACAACUACAAAAAUAAUACCUACAACAACUAUCCAACAACCAACAACAACAGCCCAUACACCAACAACGACUACCCCGAAACCAACAACGACUUCCCCGAAACCAAUGACAACACAAAAACCAACAACGACUACGCCGAAAUCAAUGACAACACAAAAACCAAUAACGACUUCCCCGAAACCAAUAACGACUACCCCGAAACCUAUGACAACACAAGCACCAACAACGGCGUCAACAUUAACGACGCGACAGACUACAAUACCGACAACACCAAACCCGCAUUUGUCUUGCGCAGUUUGUAACAACACGGACUGUAAAAACGACGAAUCUGAUUUGCAAUACUGUACAAGCCUGAGCGAUUAUUGUCUUGUCAGCAUCAUGGAUGAUGUUGACUCAAGAAAGAUUGUCCGCAGGUGUGUGGACAAGUCGUUCUGUUCACAAGACUGGAGUAAUAACGGCGGAUACAAGUCGUUCUGCUUCAUGGCUGAUACUGGUGCAUUUGGAUUCGAUUAUGAAUGUAACUUCUGUUGUACGUCUAGCAAGUGUAACUUGGGACCGAAGCUCGUUCCAGAUCAGAACACACUCUUUCAAGGGAAUUAGCGUCAACUACGCCUGGGAAAAACUUCUUGUUCACAAAUUUAGAAGAAUUAUAAAAUGCAAUAUGUA